ACUUGAUUUAGAGUGGACCUUUCAUUUCCAGAAUCUGUAGUGUCGAGUUGUUCGGUCGUGACUGGACCUCGAGGAUUGAAGAGCAAAAUGGCCUCAAAAAUGGCACUGAGUCGGAGUUUUCGCUUGUGGGGGCGGGCCUUGGUGGUUCAAAGGCGGAGUAUGGGCACUGGCCCGCUGGGUUAUUUCCCCUCGCGUCUGGACAUUGGCAAACGUGAAGUGGUGGGCUUCGGCCUGACGGGGGAGGAAUGCUACGUUGAGGAUGUCCACUCCCCUUUCCCCGCCAUACGAUUUAAGGAGGACACAGCGGAAAUUGCUAUGCUCCGAGAGAAGGAGAAAGGCGAUUGGAAGAAGCUGACCGUGCCAGAGCGGAAAGAGUUGUACCGGGCGUCGUUCGCGCAAACCUUAACCGAGAUGGAGGCCCCCACCGGGGAGUGGAAGCCCAUCUUGGGCGUGACUCUCUUCUUGAGCUCCUUGGGAAUCUGGUUCUAUUUAUGGAUGAGGAAAUUCGUGUACGAUGACCUGCCCGAGACCAUGACCAACGAGGAAUUGGUCAAGGAUCAAAUCAGGUUCAUGAUUGAGGGUCGUACCAAUCCCGUGCAAGGUUUGGCCUCGAAUUACGAUUACGAGAAGGGACAAUGGAAGAAAUAGAGGAACCAAGGAUCGAAACACCCUUUCCCGUUCUUCUCGUUAUUCCCGCCCUGUUUUGUUCGAUGUACUCUGUUCGAUCUUCAUUCGCAACGUGAUCAUGUUAUGAUCACAAUGAACAAGUACGAUAUCAACCCCUCCUGGAUCUUUUUGUCGCGGCUUCUCCAAGUAGUUGUCAAUACGUCGUUGGUUUGUCCUUCUCAAUCCACAUCCUCGCUCUCAAAUGGUUGGACACUGAAUAGUAUGUAUUAUUUUGAUCCAACCCUUGAGAAAUACACACAGACGAUACUAA